UUCAUAAAUCCUAUAAUAGUAGUCGAGUUUUACCGAAAUUUACAUGAAAUUCAUGAAAUUAAAAGAAUCUUUAUAUUCAAUAUUUGAAAGUUUAAGGCAACAUUAUUUGAUCAAGAUAUAAGCAUUUAGUCAUAUUACGAAAGUCGGAGUAACGUAACUUUAAUUGAACAUGUGACGUGAACUCGUGACAGAUUAACGCCAUCGUUUCUUUCGACAGGAAGCAAGAGAGCCAGUUUUGAAAAUGGCUGACGUUAGCGAUGUUUCGAAUACGACUUCUUCUGGAAAAGAAAGAAGAAAUACUGUCACUGAUGGACCCGUUACUGAUCCAGCAGUUGCUACAAAGAGCCUAGAGGCAUCAAAUAAUGCCUUUCACGGCCCGAGAACAAAAUUAGAAAGCAAGUCAGGAGCUUUAAAGAAAUCCAGUCGAUAUCGCAGCCGUUCUUUGUCUGCAAGCAGCACUGAUAGUUACAGUUCUGCAUCUUAUACAGGAAGCUCCUCCGAUGAAGACGAUGUUUCUCCACGUGAGAAAAUUCAGAAGACGGAAAAAGGCUUUAGUGACUUUUGUGUCAGAAACAUAAAUCAGCAUGCAUUUGGACGCAGGGAGAUUGAAAUUGCGGAACAGGAAAUGCCGGGAAUCAUGGCUCUUCGAAAACGAGCUUCCGAUGAUAAGCCGCUGAAGAAUGCCAAAAUCGUAGGAUGCACUCACAUAAAUGCGCAGACGGCAGUUUUGAUCGAAACACUAGUCGAACUUGGUGCUCAGGUCAGAUGGGCAGCGUGUAACAUUUAUUCCACCCAAAAUGAAGUGGCCGCCGCUUUAGCUCACGCUGGCUAUCCAGUGUUUGCAUGGAGAGGCGAAACUGAGGAGGAUUUCUGGUGGUGCAUAGACAAAUGCAUAGCGGCAGAGAAUUGGCAGCCUAAUAUGAUUUUAGAUGAUGGAGGAGAUGCCACUCAUCUCAUGUUAAAGAAAUAUAACGCCAUGUUUAAAAUGAUUCAGGGAAUCGUUGAGGAGAGUGUAACAGGUGUACAUAGACUAUAUCAAUUAUCCAAAGCUGGCAAGCUUUCCGUCCCCGCAAUGAAUGUAAAUGAUAGUGUGACAAAAACCAAAUUCGACAAUCUUUAUAGUUGCCGAGAGAGUAUUCUUGAUAGCCUUAAAAGGUCUACCGACGUUAUGUUUGGAGGGAAACAAGUCGUUAUUUGUGGAUAUGGAGAAGUUGGAAAAGGUUGUUGUCAAGCGUUAAAAGGACUAGGUUGUAUCGUAUAUAUUACUGAAAUUGAUCCCAUUUGUGCACUGCAGGCCAGCAUGGACGGAUACAGGGUGAUGAAGUUGAAUGAGGUGAUCAGGAACGUGGACAUCGUGAUAACGGCCACUGGGAAUAAGAAUGUCGUGACUCGCGAGCACAUGGAUAAGAUGAAAAAUGGUUGUGUCGUUUGCAACAUGGGCCAUAGCAAUACAGAAAUAGAUAUUAAUAGUUUACGUACUCCUGAUUUGACAUGGGAGAAAGUAAGAUCACAAGUGGAUCAUGUGAUUUGGCCAGACGGGAGGCGAAUAGUGCUCUUAGCUGAAGGUCGCCUGGUCAACCUCUCCUGCUCCAGUCUUCCGUCCUUCGUCGUGUCUAUCACGGCCGCCACACAAGCUUUGGCAUUAAUCGAACUUUUUAACGCUCCAUCGGGACGUUAUAAAAGUGACGUUUACCUACUGCCUAAAAAGAUGGAUGAAUAUGUAGCAUCCCUGCAUUUACCCACAUUCGAUGCACAUUUAACAGAGCUUUCCGAUGAACAGGCGAAAUACAUGGGCCUUAACAAGGCUGGUCCUUUCAAGCCUAAUUAUUAUCGAUACUGAAAAUUAAAUCGACUGGAAUAAUAUGAAAAAUUGAUGAAAAAUGAGGAAAACGCAAAAUGCUUUCUCCAUUAACAUUUCAUUUUCUAUUUAUAAAAACAUAGAGGUAAUUUUUAAACUAUAUAUUUUAUAGAGCCUUAUCUUGUGAAGUUUAUAGUCUUCAUUAAUCAGUAAAACCACAAAAAAAAGUACUAUUAUGUUAUGUAAUCAACUUACUUUUUGCAUUGAAAAUUAUUAUCACUAAUGAAUUUUUCAGUAAAUCAUUCAUUUCAAUGCACAAAAGUUUAUAUUAAGUAUUAUUAUAUAAAAAAAUUACGAUUUAAUAUUCACUUAAAAUCUAAACAUAUAUAUUUUAGACACACCACUCAACUGUAGCAAAUGACGUGAUCCAUGAGUUUGUAAUCAGUAAUCAUUUGUUCGCAUUUUAAAAUAUUUUAGAAGCAAAAAAAAAAAGUAAUAUUUAUAUUUCAUGUUGCAAGUAAUUUAGUGAUUUUAAUUUUUAAACAUGCUUGUUUCACUGUAUAGUUUUUAUGGUAUCGAUACUUAAAAGUGUUUUACCAAACAAUAAAAUUUAUUUCAAUUUUAAUCAAUUAGGAAGAAAAUUGGUAUUAGUAUUUACAAUACAUUCACUACUGUCAAUAUGAAGAAAUAGAAAAAAUAUUUAUACUAGACGCUUAAUCAGUGAGUCAAGGUAAACUUAGUUUUUCACAUUGUAAUUUCACCGUUGAUGCCGUUGAUCAAUGAAAAUUCCCUCUCGACCCCUCACCCUGACCUUGCUCACCGAUCGAGUUUCUAUUAUAUUUUCAUUUUGAAUGUCGUUUUACAAAAAAAAAAUAAUCAAAGUGCAAUAAGAGCACUCGAAUGACAUUUUUUAGUACUGAGAAACUAUUGUAUCAAAUACAGCGUUAUUUGUACAUAAAAUUCAUGAAAAUAUAGAGCAACAACUUUUUUAA